UUUUGCCGCUAAUUCGUCUGACACACUUUCCACAGAGGAGAAACUCUUCCUGCCAUUAUGAACAAGAUACUGGCUAUCACGGUUUUUGUUGCUUUCCUUGCACUGGGAGCGGAGAGCUUUCGUGUUCCCAGGCAGGCUGAGGAUGAGAAGGGAACCAUCGCUGUUGUGGUCGACACCCUGAAAUCCUACUAUGACCAGAGUGUGGACACUGCCAGUGGAUAUGUAGAGACCAUCAAGGGCUACAAGCUGGAAGAGAAAGCCAAAACAAUCUAUAGCGAUACAGUCCGUGCUGUGGGCACCUACGCCGGCAUCUUUCAAGACCAGCUGUACCACAUUUUGUACUCUCAAGAUAGCCAUUAAGUCAUAUAAAACAACACCUGAACACAACUCCAUCUCUUUCCGGUCCCAAGUCUACCCCCACACUGGAUGCACAAAUAUACACAUCCCGCAAGAAGACAGCGCGGUCUGGGAUAAACACAUGAGUGGCGAACUCUUGUCUUCAACUGGCCUGUUACCUUUGCCUAUUCUGCAAAAGCACCUUGACACACAUCAGUAAAUAAGUAUGUAAAAAUUCUAGGUUAAGCCAUGUCUAAUGCUCAAACACAAGCUGUUAUUGGAUGAAGAUCAGAUGCCCGUGCUGCUGGCUGAUAACCUGCACCCAGGUUAAAGCAGAAUCCUUGACUGUUUCAUUGAAGUUUGCUUUAUAGAUUAAAUAAAUCCUUGUAUUAUAUCAGCUUUAAGUGGUUCUGUGUCCAUGAGCUUUACGGCACUGCAAUAAAACUCCACAUUUGUAGAAAA